AUGCCGGAGCUUUCCCGCACUGAGAAGCCUAGGGCUUGCGAGCCCUGUUCUCGUGCCAAGGCAAAAUGUGUUUGGCCCGACACAAACGAUGGAUCCGUGGCGCAGAUCUGCCGGAGAUGUUCAAACAACAACCUCACAUGCACAAGGUUACAGCCCGGCCCGAAAAACAAGCGCGGAAAGGCGACCCAUGCAAAAGUCAUUGAACGAAAGCUGGAUGACAUCAUGUCUCUCUUGAGAGACCGCUUCGAAAUUCUUCGUGACGAAGCUGACUUGGACUUAUCAAUGCCCAGGAGUGACAUUCAUUUCUACGCCAACACCAGCGAUACGAGCCUUCUUCAAUUGGCAAUAGGAAUGGCAGGAGACUUGGGGUUGAUCAGGUGUCCCGAAAGUCCGGGCCCUGCCUACAGAUCUAUUGUCGAGGAUGCCGCCAACCUGAGGAACGAUGUUCAAGCUCGUAAUCGACACACAAAUGCCGAUCGUAGAGCCGUGCUCGGCGUAUUCUACAUUACAUCCAUACACUUGCUGCAGGAUCAAGAAAUUCCCACCGACUCGUUGCUAGUGCAGCUCAUACGAAUACGGCAAAUCGCAAUCAAGGUGCAUGAUGCGUUUUGGCAACGGAGCGAUCUUGCCAACGACAGGCCAUUUCGGGCCGUUCAUUCUAUGGCCAUUGCUACUAUUGAAAAGGAGUUGAAUGCAUUUAUGGAUAAUCUACCAGAGCCUCUGAAGUCAAACCAUCUCGUUCGCAACCACUGUGCUGCUAUUCGUAUCCGUCUGUUCGAACCUGCGAUUCAUGGUAAUGCGAGUGACGAUCUUGGACCACCAUAUUUGAGAUCCCGUAUUCUAUGGGACUGUCUAAAGAGCACCCAGACGCUCCUCGACGCCUUCGUUCUCAUGCCAGUGGAGACGUAUCCGUCCCUCACAUUCGCUUCAAUGCUUCAUCUUGCUUUGGCCAUCAUCAAAGCUGGCAGACUACUUUGCAUGGAUGACCAGGACUGGGACAAGGAAACAGCAAGCAGGAGCUUCAAUCUUCCGGAUAUGCUGCAACGGUUGAGCGAACUUUUCGACGAAGCCAGUCACCUCGGCAGUCCGAGGGGCACGAUCCUUCUUGACGGCCAUCCGGGCUUCGUUCAGGGCGGUGAUCUGGAUUUUGACUUUUGGCAGCAACUAUCGGAUCUUACCUAUAGUAAUGGCUAG